AUGCGAUUUGUCCGGACUUCUUCUUCGACUUCGAGGCGGCGAUGCAUGCAGUAACUUUUGAGUUGUGUGCGAUGAAGUAAGUAACGACUAACGUUAGUUGAUGUGACUGAGGUUUUCAUCUAGACUUGCCGUGGACAAGGCUAGCCGAGCCGCCCGUGCGACAAGAGAGAUAGAACUUAUCGGGAGGGAAAGCACGUCGGCAUCAGUGUGCGCUGAGCCGGCCGGGCUAACAUCACAAUGAGCCUGAUCUACGCCUUGGUGUGCCGCGGCACGACAGUGUUGUGCGACUUCACGGACAUGACCGGCAAUUUCGAGACCAUCACCAUCUCGAUGCUGGGCCGGCUGUCCAAGAAUACGGAGAAGAGAGUAACGUUCCACGCUGGAGAGUACAACUAUCAUGUCAUCAACAGCGACGGCCUCUCCUAUAUUGUCAUGGCCAAUAAAAACUUGCAAGACAAGUAUGCGUUCGCCUACCUGCGCGACAUUCGAACUCGAUUCGCGCAGGGACCCCUCGUAGAGCGGGCGAUCACGGCCAAGUCGUACGAGCUGCGUCGAGACUUCACCCACGUCCUCGGCUCGCAGAUGGAGUUCCAUCGCGAGGAGAUGAACAGGCCCAAUCGCCUCGAGGAGCUCAGCUCGCAAGUGGAGGAGGUCAAGGGCAUCAUGACGCAGAACAUCGAGCGAGUGUUGGAGCGAGGCGAAAAGCUCGAUAUCCUGGUGGAAAAAGCGGCUGAUCUGGAAGCCGAUGCGUCGACGUUCAAGAAAACAUCGCACGACCUUAGGAAAAGGUACUGGUGGAAAAACAUGAAGUGGAAAAUUCUCAUCGCCAUAGUCGUUCUGUUGAUUAUCAUUGCUAUCAUUCUGGCUGCACUUGGUGCGUCUGGAAAGCUCUGAGAUUAUAUCUCACUGUGGGAACGCACGCCGAUACAUACAACACGUAGCUGCGUGUUGAAACCGUCACCAGCGUGCGGUACCACGCUUGAGUGUGCGGCCACUGCCGCUAAGAGGCCGAUGGCGUUGAUCCGCAGCUGCAUCUGCGGCUGUAUACGUGAGAAGGGUGGUAACACGAGUUCAUGGGGGUUAUGAACUCUUGGUGGUAAUGGUACCACAGUCAUGCUGCAGCGAUUUGUAUCAGAAACAUUUGCCGGGCCUGUAAUAUAGCUUCGAUGAACCCCCGGUGAGACUGCAGCCCCCAGAUAUAUUCAACCUCUAGCUCUGUAGGAAUUCCGGAGCAUUCAGGCUGUAUGCAUAUACAGUUCCCGCGGAAUACGACACACUAUGAGACAGUUUCCUUGCUCAUGUCUCCUAGCAAUGAACAUAUUAUUAGUCAAUUACUACUGACAAUUACUACAUCCCUUCUUUUAUCGCCAUCGCCUACUGAGCCUUCAUUUCACUUGACAUACCCACAUCGAGACACCAAUCUUGUUUCAAGUUUCCAUAGCAAUUUGCGUUAGAAUACAGUACAUAAUCCCUAUUUUUUGUCAUAUUUAGUAGUACUUCCCCUCCAAGGCUGGUUCCUUUCUAGAGCAUUUUUGCAGCGUGCUUCUCAUUUUAUGAUCACGAAAAGCUUGAUUCUUACACUAUGAGCUCGCUUCUUUAUCAGCAAGGAUCAUGAAGCGGCUAGGCAGGCUGAAUGUCGGUGUGUGAGCUCGACCAUGCGAGGUACCCAUGCAGUAGCACUAGGCGGCCCAGCAUGCCAUGUGUGUUGUAAUCUAGCCGCCGUCGCUGCUGCUUCUGCUGCUGGAAUUUCUGAGUAAUGCGGCACUUUGACUUGCAGUAGAUUUA